GGCGGCCACCAGGGCAGCAGUGGCGGCGUCGUCACGGCGCGGAUCCCACGUGACGAACAGCCGCCUGCGAACACGGAUCGGCGGAGGCAGGCAAGGAGUCGGCCGGCAGCGAACACUGUGAGCCAGUCGUCGUGAGAAGUCGAGCAUCGGAGGAACCCUGCCGCCCUCGGAAUGGCCCCACAGCUGCAGCCCGCGGCCCUGGCCGCCGCCGCCUUCUUCCUGACGCUGGCCACGCUGCCUUCGACUACCAGUGCCAUCCGGUGCUACGAAUGCAACUCUGCCACUAGUGCCGAAUGCGAUAGCAACCCGCAACCUGAAAUGCUGAAAAACUGCAGUGAUCAAAGCAAGGGCUCCAAGUACACGGCCUGCAGGAAGAUUGAUGAAAACGUCGACUUCGAAGUCAAUGGCUUGCCAGCCGUCAAGCGCGUGGUCCGCAUGUGCGCCGUGGAAGGAGAGCCGGACAGGCCGUGCUACUACAAGGCUGGCUUCGGCGGACGCGUCAACGUGUGCCACUGCUUCGAGGAUGGAUGCAACAGCGCCAGCGUGCCGGCCGCCGCUGUCGGCCUGGCGGCCGUCGGUGUUCUACUGGCACUGCGGGUUGCGUAGCGGCGCGGACCCAGCGCGCCCGUGCAGCGCCGCCCCCAUCGUGAGCCCCACAGCCGGGCUGUUGUGCCCGGGACAGAUGCCGAUAGCGCCGCCGGACCAUAGUCUUUGAAAGUUUCCUUCUCUGCCCAACCUUGGUGACUCGGUUUCCAGUAGCAGCGCCGUCGCUGACCACCUGUUGUACCUCAAGUCGGUCCCGUAUGCUCAGAACCAGCAUUCCAGCUAGCGUCCCCGGUUUGCUAUUUGUCUUCAGAGGCAGCAGUUACAUGCGUUCUCCAUUCAUAAAAACACACCUCUCGACACGUUCCUUUCACCAAAGCAUGCGCGUCGAGGCAGGUCGUGGCACACGGCUAUCCUUCCGAAGCCGACACGGCCUGCGAAGCUGCGCGCGUCUCCGACUUAGCGUCUGAUCGUUAAACAGAGAAAAAGGAAAUAAAAGAGGUCACACAUAGGAUGUCGCUGCUUUUACACGCGUCCCUUGCUUCGCUCAUAUCACGCUGCCAUAGCUGACGGGUUCGAAGCUGCAGUCAGUCUGCAGGUGACUGCCACACAUGCCACGAUCUAUAUAAGUAUGCCUGUUGAAAGGACGUUCGAUGUCGACCCGUGUGCUCUAUUCUGCAACACUUCUACAGUUACUAUCUUAUUUGUGCGCGUAGUGGAGUGCGACUAGUGAUCCUCCUACAUACGUAGAUAAAAUGUACUAAUAAAAAAAGGCCAAAAACGGGA